AUGGCGGAGGCGACGAAGGUUCUGUACUUGGUGGUGGUCGACGACACUGGUGCGGUGGCUAAAGGAGACGGUAAUGGGGAGGAUUCGUUUCGGUAUACGCGUCCUGUUUUGCAGAGUACUCUUCAGCUCAUGGGUUGCAAAGCGCGUCACGCCUUCAAGAUCAGCCGCAGGGUUUUUGAGUUGAUUAGAAGUGAGGGAUCUUGUAAUUCAUCACCAGAACAUGGGAAGGAACCUGAACAGUUAAAGGAAGGUGGCGGUUCAACUUGUGUCGAAGAUAUUAACUGUUUGGUUGCUGAUGAUGUUGAUAAGAAUAAAAGUAAACCAUUUGAGAUGUACAAGAGACGUACUACUGUUGUUGUUUCACGACAAAUAUUCUUAGAUGUUGUGUGUGGUGCUUUGGCUGAAUAUAAGUAUGUUGGUCGUGACCAAAGGGCAGAUUUGAUUCUGGCAUGCAGAAUCCGAGAAAGGAAAGAAUCUGUAACUGUUCUGCUUUGUGGCACCAGUGGGUGUGGUAAAUCCACAUUGUCUGCAUUACUGGGUAGCAGGCUGGGGAUUACGACUGUGGUAUCAACUGACUCUAUAAGGCACAUGAUGAGGAGUUUUGCUGAUGAGAAGCAGAAUCCUUUGCUGUGGGCUUCAACGUACCAUGCUGGAGAGUACCUUGACCCUGUGGCAGUUGCUGAGUCAAAAGCCAAAAGAAGAGCCAAAAAAUUGAAAGGCUCUCGAGGUGUAAACUGUAAUACCCAAACGACGGAUGAUGGAUCAAUCUCAAGCACCACUGAGUUAUUAAGUCCUAAGCAGAUGGCUAUAGAAGGGUACAGGGCACAAAGCGAGAUGGUGAUUGACAGUCUGGAUAGGCUCAUUACUACAUGGGAAGACAAGAAAGAGUCGGUAGUCGUUGAAGGAGUCCACUUAAGCCUUAACUUUGUGAUGGGACUGAUGAAAAAGCACCCUUCGAUUGUUCCCUUCAUGAUAUACAUUGCCAACGAGGAGAAACACUUGGAACGGUUUGCAGUCCGAGCAAAGUACAUGACAUUAGACCCAGAAAAGAAUAAGUAUGUAAAAUACAUACGUAACAUCAGAACAAUACAGGAUUAUUUGUGCAGACGAGCUGACAAACAUCUCGUUCCUAAGAUAAACAACACAAAUGUCGACAAGAGUGUGGCUACAAUCCACGCGACAGUCUUCAGUUGCCUGCGCAGACGCGAAACGGGAGAGAAGCUCUAUGAUUCCACUACUAAUACCGUUGCUGUUGUCGAUGAUGAGCAUAGGAACCAAUGUGCAGCCAAUUCAUUAAGUUCCAAGGGAAUGUUUCAGCUGAUCCAAAGAAAAGGCUCAUCUAGGCGUUUAAUGGCUCUUCUGAAUACUGACGGCUCUGUAGCAAAAACUUGGCCUGUUGGUUCCGUUGAUUAUAUUGGGGAGCCCGGCUUUGGUUCUGAGAUGGAUGGUGGAACAGAGCAUCCAUUUUUUGGAUACUUACAGAAAGCUGAACCAGUGAAUCUUCCGUUUGGUCUCUUGGGGAUCAGCGCCUGGCCUAGUGAUGGAGCAACUAGCCACGCUGGAAGUGUGGAUGAGUCAAGAGCUGAUUUUACUGAAACCGGAAGCAGGUAUUACUCUUCUUGCUGUAGUUCGCCACGGAUGCCUGAUGGGCCUUCAAAAGAGCUUAAGGAGGACCAGUCUGUAAAUGGGAGCGAUGAAGAUGAAGAAGUCGAUUAUGAUUUUCCUGAGCCAGAUUCUGAUGAAGAUCUCAGUGAUAACAAUGAUGAGCGCAAUCGUGAUGAGGUUGGGUCGGUGGAUGAGGAAUCGACAAAGUCAGAUGAAGAGUACGAUGAUCUGGCAAUGGAAGACAAGAGUUACUGGACAGACAAUGAAGAAGAAGAGUCUCGAGACACAAUCUCCAUGGUGUCUGAAAACAAACACAAGGAGGCUACAAGGCCCAACAAAGAUGACAAAUACAUCCAAAACCUCGACAUUUUCCUCAAGACAGCGAAUCAGCCAUUGACUGAAUCUCAUGAACUCACGUGUGAGUACAGGAACAGAAUAGUAGUAGCCGCCCCAGAUAAGGCCAAGAUGCGGAAACGUUCACUUAGUAUUCCAGCUGUCGGGAAACACGGUUCAAUCAUAGAUGACCAGAUUUUGGCUAACCGGACUGAUCCAGUUCUCUCUUGA